AGAUGUUUUACAAGCACAUACACUCUUGUUUGUUUAUAAGUGCCGCUUCGACAGAAAAAGUCGUUUAGGAUUUUGUUUCAAAUCAAAAAAGAAAAUGGGUUGUUUUCAGGAUCUAAGGAGAAGAGAAUCCUGUAAGUUGAGUACCAAGCACUGCGUUUUUGUGUCAAUAUUCGGAGUUCUGCUGAUAUUGGGACUAGGCAUUUUAAUAUCAUCUGUUGCGUAUCUUCACAAAUAUGAUAAAGACUGUGUUAAUUCGGGAGUCUUUACAUCGCAGGGCAUGGUGACUGAGAGAAUGAGUCAGAAGUAUUUAAUACCUGGUCCUUGUUCCACUUCUGAUUCCUGUCCAGAUGGCGCUGCGUGUAAGGAAGGCGUCUGCUCCUGUAAUGAAAGAUACCUAAACUACAAAGACGUUUGCCGCAAAGUAACAAAUCUGGCGCUCAAAAAGACUGUUUCUGCUAGUUCUACUUUUUUCUCUAAGAACAAUAGAAGAUGGGAAAAUGCUGUGGAUGGACGUACACGUGUGAAUAAUAUUAGGCUAUUAUUUCACACGGAUUAUGAACUAUUUCCUUGGUUAUCCAUUUAUCUGGGAACUGAAAUAUGCGUCGUCAAAAGUAUUAUUUUAUUUAACAGGAUCGACAUUCAUGGUAGAUGGUUACAUGAUGUUGAAACCAGGGUAGGCAAAAUGUCAAAUUGGUCCCAGAUGUCAACUUGUGGAACAUUCAUUGGACCCAGUAAAACGGGAGAAACUCACGUCAUUGAAUGCAAGACACCCCUUUAUGGAAAAUACGUCACAGUGAAAAUUGUCAAACCGAACUACAUAACAGACGAUCCUGAAGCUCGAGGCGGGAAAAAUGCUCUAGUUUUAGAAGAAGUUAUCGUUAAUGGCAUUGUAUUGUAACCCAUGCAUAGCAGUACAUGCUUAAAUUCUUAAGAAAAGAAAAUCCAAAGUUAAAUGUCAAACUACAUGUACAUGUACUGUUUUGUGUGUGUGUGUGUGUGUGC